UUGAACGUCUCGUACCCGGCGACGGGAUGUCAGAAGUUAUUCGAAGUGGUGGACGAGCACAAGCUUCGCAUCUUCUACGAGAAGCGUAUGGGCGCUGAAGUUGAUGCCGAUCAGCUAGGCGACGAAUGGAAGGGCUACGUCCUUCGUGUCGCUGGUGGUAACGACAAGCAAGGAUUUCCGAUGAAGCAGGGAGUUCUGACCAACAGCCGUGUCCGCCUACUGAUGUCAAAGGGACAUUCUUGCUACAGACCACGUCGUGAUGGAGAGAGAAAACGCAAGUCUGUCCGUGGGUGUAUUGUUGAUGCUAACCUGUCAGUGUUGGCUCUUGUUAUUGUCCGCAAGGGGGCCCAGGAAAUCCCUGGUCUCACCGACGGCAAUGUGCCUCGCCGCCUGGGUCCCAAGCGUGCGUCCAAAAUCCGCAAGCUCUUCAACCUUAGCAAAGAAGACGAUGUCCGUCGCUACGUUGUCAAACGCCUCCUUCCCCCGAAGGAAGGCAAGGAAAAUGCUAAGCCUAGAUACAAGGCUCCCAAGAUCCAAAGGCUAGUAACGCCCGUAGUACUGCAGCGCAGGCGCCACCGACUGGCGCUUAAGAAGAAACGCAUAACCAAGCGUAAGACCGCCGAGGCCGAAUAUGCUAAAUUGCUCGCGCAGAGAAAGAAGGAAUCUAAGGUUCGUCGUCAAGAAGAAAUCAAGCGCAGGCGUUCGGCGUCGAUGCGCGAUUCCAAGAGCUCCAACCAGAGUGCACCUCAAAAGUGAACGGACUCAUACCAAUAAAAAAAGCUAAAAACUAACAUAUCUUUCUAUUUCCUUAUCGUAUUUGACUUUA